AUGAAGGUGCGCCUGCUGCUGCCUGCUUCCUGCUUCCUGCUUCCUUCCUGCUUCUUCCUGCUUCUUGCUUCCUGUCCUUCCUGCUUCUUCCUGUCCUUCCUGCUUCUUCCUGCUGCCUUCUUCCUGUCCUUCCUGGUUCUUCCAUCCUGCUUCUUCCUUCCUGUCCUUCCUGUCCUUCCUGCUUCCUGCCCUUCAUCCUUCAUAUCCUUCCUGUUUCCUGGUCUUCCUGCUUCUUCCUGCAUCCUUCCUGCUUCCUGCUUCCUCCUGCUUCCAGAUCUUCUUCCAUCCUGCUUCCUGCGCCACACGCACAGCCGCCUCUGGGUCGGCGUGACGCGCGACGUGGCCUACGUGCGGUGCGCCUGCUGCUGCCUGCUUCCUGCUUCCUGCUUCCUUCCUGCUUCUUCCUGCUUCUUGCUUCCUGUCCUUCCUGCUUCUUCCUGUCCUUCCUGCUUCUUCCUGCUGCCUUCUUCCUGUCCUUCCUGGUUCUUCCAUCCUGCUUCUUCCUUCCUGUCCUUCCUGUCCUUCCUGCUUCCUGCCCUUCAUCCUUCAUAUCCUUCCUGUUUCCUGGUCUUCCUGCUUCUUCCUGCAUCCUUCCUGCUUCCUGCUUCCUCCUGCUUCCUGCUUCUUCCAUCCUGCUUCCUGCGCCACACGCACAGCCGCCUCUGGGUCGGCGUGACGCGCGACGUGGCCUACGUGCGGCGCGUGCUCAACGAGCUCUACCUGCUCAAGAUGAAGCCGGUGUACCGCGACGAGGACGACUGCUCGUUCCGGCCGCGCAGCCGCAGCAACAGCCUGCCCUCCCUGGCGGCGGGCGAGCCGAGCGCGGGGGCGUGGCGGCGACGCGCCGCCUCCGAGUCGCUGUCCCUGGGCGGCCGCGUGCUGUCCGAGUCGGACCUGCAGCGCGUCGACAGGCAGGCCACGUUCGGCGCCGGCGCCGCGGCCCUGCAGCCGGCCGAGCUGCUGGCGCGCUUCGUGACGGCGCUGGGCGGCGUGGAGCCGCGCGCGGGCGGCGAGCACGGGCUGUCGGACCGCGACAUCCUGGCCAGCGAGGAGGCGUGGGGCGGCUCGGGCUGGACCCUGGGGGGCGGCGUUGGGGGCGGGGGCGGCGCGGGGGCGGCCAGGCCGCGCGCCAGGGCCGCCAGCGAGGUGCACAUCCACGUGGACGGCGGCGAGAAGCCGCUGCCCUACAACGCCGAGUGGACGUGGUCGGGCGUGGACGCCUCCUCCGAGAUACACAAGAUGGCGCGGGCGCGCGCCGACAGCGAGGCCCCGGGCCGCCGCGCCUCGCUCCUCAACAUCGGCGCCUGGUGGAAGAACCCGCUGACGUCGCGCAGGACGCGCAGCAAGGCCAGGUCCAUCGGCAGCCUGCUGCUGCAGGGCCGCAGGCGGCGGCGGUCUCUGCCCGAGCGGCACUCCCCGCCGCCCCCCGGCCCGGAGGCGCGCCGCUACCUCGCCCAGACGCGCGCCGGCCGCAACACCAUCGCGCAGCCGCAGCGACACAGCGCGGCCAGCAGCCAGCAGGACUCCGGCUGCUUCCUGGAGGAGACCACCCUGGGCGACCUGUUCCGCGCGCUCUCCAACAUACAGGCCGCGCCGCCGCCGCCGCCGCCGCUGCAGGAGCUGUUCACGCCGCCGCCGGGGCUGGGGGCCAGGCGCGCCUCGCUGCGGCCGCCGGCGUCUCGCCGCGCAUCGCUCACGCCCUCCGCCGGCGCCGGCGCCAGGCGCGCAUCGCUGCGGCCGCCCCCGGCGGGCGGGGGGCGGCGCUUCUCCGUGCGGCCCGUGGCCGGCGGCGGGCUGCUGCCGCCCCAGGCGCCGUGGAUGCGCCUGCGAGCCGAGGGCCGCUCCAGCGACCCCGAGCUGGCCGCCUCCCGGGCGCUGGACCCGGACAGACCGCGCCCCUACACGUGA